GGGCCGGGCCCCUUGUCUCCGCGGCUCCUCGGCUCAGUCAGCCCGGGGAGGAGGAGCGGGGCCAGCCGCCGCCGCUGCCGCCGUCCCAGCCUCGCCGCGCACCUGAGCUCGGCGGCCGCCCCGGGUCUCCGCGCUGCGCCCCGCGCCCCGGGCGCCCGGCCCGUGCGCAGCCAGCCUCGGUGUCCCGGUGGGGCUCGUCCCCCGGGCCGCCUCCCGCUCUCCCGCGGCUCGCGUGGCCGCGCCUUUGUGUACGGCGGCCGCAGCUCCCGGGGCUCGUCGGCGGCCCCCGCGCGACGCCCCUCUAGCCCCACGGCCCGUGCGCUGUCCCCGGGCGCCCCCGGCCGGGCGUCCCCGACGGUGGAUCGCGCGGCCGCAAGGAGGCGGGUAGCGGCCCCGGCGAGCUCCAGCCCCGGCCCCCGGCCCCCGGCCCCGGCCCCGGCAUGGAUGUGAGGUUCUACCCCGCGGCGGCCGGGGACCCCGCCGGCCUGGACUUCGCGCAGUGCCUGGGGUACUACGGCUACAGCAAGUUUGGAAAUACUAACUACAUGAACAUGGCUGAGGCAAACAACGCCUUCUUCGCUGCCAGUGAGCAGACAUUCCACACACCAAGCCUUGGGGAUGAAGAGUUUGAAAUUCCACCAAUCACGCCUCCUCCAGAAUCGGACCCCACCCUGGGCAUGCCCGAUGUACUGCUACCCUUUCAGGCUCUCAGCGAUCCAUUGCCUUCCCAGGGAAAUGAGUUCACACCCCAGUUUCCCCCUCAAAGCCUGGAUCUUCCUUCCAUUACAAUCUCAAGAAACCUGGUGGAGCAAGAUGGCGUACUUCAUAGCAAUGGGCUGCAUAUGGAUCAGAGCCACACACAAGUGUCACAGUACCGCCAGGAUCCCUCCUUGAUCAUGAGGUCAAUUGUCCAUAUGACCGAUGCUGCUCGCUCUGGGAUCAUGCCUCCUGCCCAGCUGACCACCAUCAACCAGUCUCAGCUCAGUGCACAGUUGGGCUUGAAUUUGGGAGGGGCCAGUGUACCCCACACAUCUCCUUCACCUCCAGCAAGCAAAUCAGCCACUCCCUCCCCUUCCAGCUCCAUCAAUGAAGAGGAUGCUGAUGAAGCAAACAGGGCCAUUGGAGAGAAAAGAACGGCCCCAGAUUCUGGCAAGAAGCCCAAGACUCCAAAGAAAAAGAAAAAGAAAGAUCCCAAUGAGCCUCAGAAGCCAGUGUCAGCAUAUGCCCUGUUUUUCAGAGACACACAGGCUGCAAUUAAAGGUCAAAACCCCAAUGCAACCUUUGGAGAGGUCUCCAAAAUUGUAGCAUCUAUGUGGGACAGCCUUGGAGAGGAGCAAAAGCAGGUAUAUAAAAGGAAAACAGAAGCUGCCAAGAAAGAAUACUUGAAGGCCCUGGCUGCCUACCGGGCCAGCCUCGUUUCUAAGGCUGCUGCUGAAUCAGCAGAAGCCCAGACCAUCCGUUCUGUCCAGCAGACUCUGGCAUCAACCAAUCUGACAUCGUCCCUCCUUCUGAACACACCACUGUCUCAACAUGGGACAGUCCCCGCCUCACCUCAGACUCUCCCACAGUCGCUCCCUAGGUCCAUCGCUCCCAAACCCUUAACCAUGAGACUACCCAUGAGCCAGAUCGUCACAUCGGUCACCAUCGCAGCCAAUAUGCCCUCGAACAUUGGGGCUCCACUGAUAAGCUCCAUGGGGACGGCCAUGGUUGGCUCAGCAGCCUCCACCCAGGUGAGCUCUUCGGUGCAAACCCAGCAGCAUCAGCUGCAGCUGCAGCAACAGCAACAGCAGCAGCAGCAGCAACAGCAGCAGAUGCAGCAAAUGCAGCAGCAGCAGUUGCAGCAGCACCAAAUGCAUCAGCAAAUUCAGCAGCAGAUGCAACAGCAGCAUUUCCAGCACCACAUGCAGCAGCACCUGCAGCAGCAGCAACAGCAGCAUCUCCAGCAGCAGAUCAACCAACAGCAGCUGCAGCAGCAGCUGCAGCAGCAUCUUCAGCUGCAGCAACUGCAGCACAUGCAGCACCAGUCUCAGCCUUCUCCCCGGCAGCACUCCCCAGUCACCUCCCAGAUCACAUCCCCCAUCCCUGCCAUCGGCAGCCCUCAGCCAGCCUCUCAGCAGCACCAGCCUCAAAUCCAGUCCCAGACACAGACUCAAGUAUUACCGCAGGUCAGUAUUUUCUAAGGUGCAUGAGGCACUCAGAUUGGAGUGCACCGAGGAGAGAGGCAUAGGAGGGAAGGUGUGCAGACUGGAACUUGUGAGUUGACUCUCGUUAUGCAGCAGUGUGUAACAGAUCAAAACGGUCCUCUCAAGUGUCUAUUAGAUAGGCAAUAAGAACUGCAGUGUAGCUGAGAAGCAUCUUUUAGCUGACUAUACAUCACUUUGUUUUUAAACAAGGAAGCUGCGCUCUGUCAUGUGCUGCCUUUUUUUUAUUUAUUCAGGCUAUACCUACAAUAUGUGAAUCAAACCAUUUAAUGAAUCCUGGGACAUACGGAUGACUGUAAACUGGCCUUUCUGAGUCAUAGAAAAAAAUUGGCCUUAUUUCUCCAGAAGUGAGUGAACCAUACUCCCAGGCUGUUUGAACUUCUGAAGCCCUAAAAUAAAUACUAAGUACAAAGCACACUUGUAACUACCUGAAAUAUGAAGAUCCAGUUUCAUACAAACAUUUGUAUGAUGUGAAUAGUUGAUGGCAUUUUUUGUCAUGAAAAAAAUUAAUGUAAAUCACAGACUUUUGCCAAAGCUCUUAUUUUUUUUUUCUAAAUCUCUCCAGAAAAAAAGAAAAAAAAAAGCAAGUGAUUAGAUUCAAUUAUUGACUUAUUUACUUACUUCUACUUUGUAUCCAUGACUUCUCUGAAUCAAACCACAGUAUAUGUUGUGACAAUAAUCUGUGGCCACUGUUAGCCCAUUAUGUUCAUUCCAAUUAGAAGAGUUGUGAAUACUAUAUUACGUGUUUUGAGUGACAAGUUUCGAAAAAUAAAAACACUGUAUUUUUAAAAGGGAAAUGCACUUAAAUGAAACAGUUAUUACAGAAGUUAAGAUUUAAAAAGAAAAAGCAAGAAUUUUUAUUAUGAUGUAAUACCGGUAGAAUCUUGAAUAUUUCAAAGGCACACUACAUCUGAAAUAAUCGAUGUAAAUAUUUUCUUUCCAAGUUGUAAGUUUCAUCUCCUGUGUUGUAAAGUUUUCCUAAACCAGGCUUUAACCUAAACACUGGGGACAUAAACCAUUCAUUGCUACAUUGCUUAUUGUGUUUUUAUGCUGUUUUAUACUUUUUUAUGAGUUAUGAUAGCAGCAAUUAAGUUGUUUGUAUUUUGCUUAACUAAAACAAAAUGCUUUUAUCUUGCUAUAGAAUAAACACAUUUCAGUAAAAUCUGUGGACUGUAUUUUGAUGCAAGGGCAAGGACACUGUUCACUUUUCAAAUAAAAUGGAAUGUCAAAUUUUA